UCGAGUGCCAUCGCUGACUUACACCGUCAGACAAAAUGGAGGAAUUACCUAGUUGAAGAAACCGAAAAGGCUACAAUACAAUUCACGUUUUCCAAUGUCUUAGUUGUGUUUAAAAUUAUAUAUUUUAAAUAGUUUAAGGAUUUAAAAUUUGUGAAAACGGUUUCCGCUAAAUACUUUCAAGAAGGGAUAGAAAAUGUUCCUAACUUUCGUCGUGAUCGUCCUAAUGGCAACAGGCUCCACCAUGGCCAUCUCAGUCCAGUGUCCUGUCAAGAGGUAUGUGGUCAUCCUGUUCCAGCCGGUCACGCUCAGCUGCAACUUCCAGACGUCGUCCACGCAGCCGCCCGUCAUCACCUGGAGGUACAAGUCCUACUGCCAGGACCCCAUCGCCGCGGCCCUGAACCCCAGCAGCGCUACCAGCGCCUUGUCCCAGAACAACCCCAACUACAACCCCAACAUCGAGUGCUCCGACAACCAGCGGACGAUACGCAUUGUCGCUUCGAAGCAGGGAAGUGCCGUCACCCUUGGCGAAGAAUACCAGGGGCGCAAAGUCAGCAUCAUUAAUAAUGCUGACCUGAACAUUGCCCAGACGGCGUGGGGAGACAGUGGCGUGUAUGUCUGCUCGGUUGUGUCCGCUACAGAUCUGACGGGGAACAGCGAGGACUACACUGAGCUCAUAGUGUUGGAGAGAAAGUCAAAUACCACUGACCUCCUGCCUGAGAUUGACUUACUGGUUAUGGAAGACUGGUUGUUGGUGGUGCUGGUGGUGUUGGGUUUCCUGCUGCUGCUGAUCCUCAUUGGUGUCUGCUGGUGCCAGUGUUGCCCUCACACCUGCUGCUGCUACAUCAGAUGCCCCUGCUGCCCAGAGAAAUGCUGUUGUCCCCGGGCGUUGUACGAAGCGGGCAAGGCGGUGAAGUCGGGCAUCCCCAGCCAGUAUGCGCCCACGGUCUACGCCCCCAGCAUGUACGCCCAUCCUGCGUACGGAGGAGUGAUGCAGCAGCAGCCCGGCAUGCCCAUGCUGCCCUAUCCCCAGGGGGCCGGCGGACCUCAGCAGUACCCCAACGGCUACGGCCGGGAGUACGACGGAGCCAGCUCAGUUGGCCACGGUUCCCAGGUGCCUUUGCUGCAUGACCAGGAGAGCAACACCGGAGACCACACCCGGAGCGGCUACCGUAUCCAGGUUGACCCGGAUGGUAACGCCACGCGGGCCAUCUACUACUUGGAGCGGGAGCUGGCCAACCUGGACCCGACACGACCUGCUGACGUGGCUGGGAAGUACAACCGCUUGGAUGGGGGGAUGAGCGAGGUGAGCUCCCUACACGAUGACCCCCGGGGCCGCGGUGUCGGCCGUGCUCAGGCCCCGGCCCUCGCCACCUUGUACGACCAGGACGAGGCCAUGAGCACCAUCAGCAGCGUGUCGACGCACGGCCAGCGGGGGCGGGACGACUACCCGCGGCGAGGAGGCGACAUGGGGGCCCGGGGACGCGCCCGCUCCAUGGACAACCUGGACGACAUCUCCCACCGAGACCGUUACCCCAGGGACCCCAGGGACCCCCGUGACGACUACCCUCCCCGCCGCGAUGAAAGAGGAGGCAGGGGAAGACGAGGCUCUGAUGACUUGAGCAGCCGCGGCGGGUACGACCGUGACUUUGAUGACCGGCGCCGCCGUGACCCCUCCCCCGAUGACCCGCGCCGCGGGGGCAGCCCAGUUAGUGCGCUCCAGGGCCGUCGCAGCCGUAGCCGCGACGAUUUGAUAGCCCUUGAGCGCGACCGGGAGCGUGGCAGUGGGCGGGAUGCCUACGACGACAGCUUCCUGCGCGAGGCCAUGGAGAAGAAGCGCCUUGGCGAACAGCAGAGAGCGAGGAGCCGCGAGCGUCUGGAUAGCGACAGUGAGCGCUCAGAACGAAGCCGAGGCCCCCGUGGACCCCCACCGCUCCCCGUGUCCCCGCCUUCAGCCUACCCCGACCGCCGCUACGACGAUGUCCACCAACCCCCUCCCCCGCCUCCCUACAUUAGCGAAGACGACAGCGUGUCGUCCUCCAAGAAAAGCAACCUGCGCAAGAAUGGAGCCGUGAGUCGGGAGAGUCUGGUGGUGUGAGUCGUUCAAGACUCCAGUGUCCGGAAACACAAUAAGCAGUACUUUAUGUAAAUACCACUGAUAUUGCCAGCUACAGUGAUUUAAUAUUCAAUGCAUUCACUCAGAUGUCGAAGCUUGACACUGAAUAGUUAUGUACAAAGAAAUGUAUCGGGGUAACGGAUAUUACUCUGAAUUUUGCAGUUGCCUUUGUCUUAUUGCUGUUUUAGUUUUAUUACCAGUGAGAUAAUGCUUUGUGUGAUUGAACAUGCAAAGACCUAACCAAGAACUAACUACUCGAGAAUAGCAGUUGCUGAAGUCAAUAAAAAUGUUUUUCAAUCACUCACUUUUUAGCUGUUAAUUUCCACCCUUGUCAUCCUACAGUCAAAGUGUGAGUGACUGUAGCGUAAGCUCAAGGUUUAAGAUUCUGAAUCAAGUAUUACUUUGAACUUUAAUGAUUUGCUGUGAGAUAUCAAUGAUUUCUUUCCAUGCUGUACAUUUUAAAUGUAAGAGAUUUUAUUAGCUGUGAUGUUAGCUAUAUUGUUUAUCAUUGUGUUAAAAGUUUUACAGUGGUUUUAACUGACUGUAUUAUUUGUCACCGUCAGUCAUAGGCUGUGUAUUUUAGCUAUGAAGAUAUUGCCUUACUACAUCGUUGUAUUGUACGCUUGUCGUAACUGCUGUCUCUAACUGUGUUUACUGUGAUGUACAACAACAUUUUACAAUAAAAAUUUUUUUUAAAUGCU